CGGGGCGGAGCCGGCUGGGGACGCGGAGCUGCGGGAGCGGGCUGCGCAGGGAACGGGAGCUCGGGGUACGGGCUGCGCUGGGAACGGGAGCUCGGGAACACCAUUUUGGGAGGAACAGCAAAGAGAGUUAAGGGCAAAAACUGAUGGACCGUUACAUCUUCCGAAAUGAGCCAUUUCACACUUUCCUACUGGAAAAUAACAUGUCCUGAAGAGAGAAGAAUUCAGUGCUGGACUGUCCUCAACACUACCCAUGGUGCAGCUUCCGAGGACAGCUUGAUUUCUGUGACUUGAAGAGGAGGCACAUGUGCAGUGAGCCAAGAGGACAUGGGCUUCCAGUGCAUCUGGAACAAUGAUCAGGUACUGGGCCCACGUGUCACCUGUGAGUUGUGUCCUACGAAUGCUCUGAGCACCCCCUCGGGCCGUCUCCUUGAUGCACACUCACGGCAUCAUGGCCAGCACUCAGGAGCGCCUGAGCCUGUCUUCCUCUCCCAGCUCCAUCGGCAAAGCGUUCUGUGAGGACAAAGACUUGGGGCGGUUCCCCGAGGAGCACCCCGCGGCCGGGAGCCGCCCGUCCCCCGAGCUGCUGGAGGACGUGCGGGAGCGGGGCUCGCUGCCGGCCGAGCUGCUGGAGGGCGUCAGCAGCCCGGGCACGGCGGCCGUGCUCACCAGCAUCAGCGAGGACGCCCGCGACCACUUCGAGAACAGCGUGCUGCAGCUGCGGGAGCAGGACGAGCCCGAGCCGGGGCUCCCGCAGGGCACCCGCAGCCCCGGCGACGGCGACACCAGCGGUGCCGGCGACGAUGUGAAGGUCCAGUUCAACCGGACGGGCAGCGGCAGCGGCGGCUUCCUCGAGGGGCUCUUCGGGUGCCUGCGGCCCGUGUGGAACAUCAUAGGCAAGGCCUACUCCACGGACUACAAACUGCAGCAGCAAGACACGUGGGAGGUGCCGUUCGAGGAGAUCUCGGAGCUGCAGUGGCUGGGCAGCGGGGCACAGGGCGCUGUGUUCCUGGGCAAGUUCCGGGCAGAGGAGGUGGCCAUCAAGAAAGUGAGGGACCAGAACGAGACGGACAUCAAGCACCUGCGCAAGCUCAAGCAUCCCAACAUUAUCGCCUUCAAGGGAGUUUGCACCCAGGCCCCGUGCUACUGCAUCAUCAUGGAGUACUGUGCCCAUGGGCAGCUCUACGAGGUCCUGCGGGCCGGCAGGAAGGUCACCCCACGGCUGCUGGUGGACUGGUCCACGGGGAUUGCCAGUGGCAUGAACUACCUGCACCUCCACAAAAUCAUCCAUCGAGACCUCAAGUCACCAAAUGUUUUGGUUACACACACAGAUGCAGUAAAGAUUUCAGAUUUUGGUACAUCUAAAGAGCUCAGUGACAAAAGUACCAAAAUGUCCUUUGCGGGGACAGUGGCGUGGAUGGCCCCGGAGGUGAUACGGAACGAGCCCGUCUCUGAGAAGGUGGACAUCUGGUCCUUUGGGGUGGUUUUGUGGGAGCUGCUCACAGGAGAGAUUCCCUACAAAGACGUGGACUCUUCGGCCAUCAUUUGGGGAGUGGGCAGUAACAGCCUCCAUCUUCCUGUCCCUUCCACCUGCCCAGAUGGCUUCAAAAUCCUCAUGAAGCAAACCUGGCAGAGCAAGCCCCGGAACCGUCCGUCCUUCCGGCAGACACUGAUGCACCUGGACAUCGCCUCUGCUGAUGUGCUGGCUACUCCUCAGGAAACCUACUUCAAAUCCCAGGCUGAAUGGAGAGAAGAAGUGAAGAAACAUUUUGAGAAAAUUAAAAGUGAAGGAACAUGUAUCCACCGGCUGGAUGAAGAAUUGAUUCGCCGUCGGAGAGAAGAGCUGAGACAUGCAUUAGAUAUCCGUGAGCACUACGAGAGGAAGCUGGAGCGAGCCAAUAACCUGUACAUGGAGCUCAGUGCUAUCAUGCUGCAGCUGGAGGUGCGGGAGAAGGAGCUCAUCAAGAGGGAACAAGCAGUGGAAAAGAAGUACCCUGGAACUUACAAACGCCACCCAGUCAGACCAAUCAUCCACCCCAAUACAGUGGAGAAGUUGAUGAAGAGGAAAGGGGUCUCCCAUAAACCAGGCAGCCAGACCAAACGGCCGGAUCUACUGAAGUCAGAGGGUAUACCCAGCACAGAAGCAGCAUCCAAUGGCUCCCCAGUCUCAGGAAGUCCCAAGAUGUCAACCCUGAGUGGCAAAAGCCGGUACCGCAGCAAGCCCCGGCACCGCCGGGGGAACAGCAAAGGCAGCUACAAUGAAUUUGCAGGGAUCUUGAAAAACCAGCCAGCGCAAGACGACGCUCCCCAGCCUGGCCCUCCCCACCCUCCCCACGCCCCCGCAGUGCCGCAGCAGCCCGGGCACAGUCCCCACGGGCAGCACUCGCGGCUGCACGCCCACGGGCAGGACAUCGCCACCUGCGCCAACAACCUGCGGUACUUCGGCCCUGCGGCCGCGCUGCGCAGCCCCCUCAGCAACCACGCGCAGCGCCGCGUCUCCGGCUCCAGCCCCGACCUCAUCUCCACCGCCAUGGAGGCCGACUGCCGCCGCGGCCUGGACAGCAAGGACAGCACGGCCGAGCGCUGGGAGUGCUGCCAGGCCGAUCCCUACGAUCCCUGCCUGCAGUGCAGGGAUGAGGACAGUGGCCAGGCACAGAUGGCGUCUGUGGAACCAGGGGGGAGCCGCCCUCAGUCCCCCGCGUCCCUCUACGAGAGCGCGCAGUUCAUGGAGAAGCUGGAGGAGCAGGGCACGGCGGUGUCUGCCCUGGGCACUCCCCAGCACUUGGCUUCCUCAGGGCUGCCCUGCAAAGCAAGAUCCCUCCAAAAGAGCGGGGAUGAGUCGUCGGAAGAGGAAGAGGGCGAAGUUGACAGUGAAGUGGAGUUUCCUCGUAGACAAAGACCCCACCGCUGCAUCAGUAGCUGCCAGUCCUACUCAACCUUCAGCUCUGAGAACUUCUCUGUGUCGGAUGGAGAAGAGGGGAACACAAGCGACCACUCGAACAGCCCGGAUGAGCUGGCCACCAAGCUGGAGGAUGAGCUGGCUGAGAAGCUGGAGGACAUGUUGUCCCAGACUCCAGAGAUCCCCAUUGAAAUCUCCACGCAGUCGGAUGGGCUUUCGGACAAAGAGUGUGCUGUGCGGAGGGUCAAGACUCAGAUGUCUCUGGGCAAACUUUGUGCAGAUGAACACAGCUGUGAGAACCCACCACAGUUUGGAGAAUCAGACUGUGACUCUUCUGAAGGGGAGUGUUCCGAUGCCACAGUCAGGACCAAUAAGCCCUGCAGCUCUGCUACUUGGUAAUACAGAUCUCCCCCAAAGCUUCCUGGUACUGGCAUUUUGAUUUCCCUGAGAUUCCACGUCAUUCCCCUUCAUCACACUUUACAGGAAGAGAAGAUGCUUCUCCUUCCCACCCCAGGAGUGAUUUGCAAUAACCCGAAUCUCUGGAAAAUGUCCAAAUGAAAUUAAUUCUCUUUGAGCAUUUCAAUCAAGAAUGGCAGGGAUGUAUUUUAUUGAAUAAUCUAGUUACUGUAACAUGGAUAUUUAUUUUUUUGACAUUUUAACACUUUUUACUGUAAAGAGUGGAUUGUAUUUAUAGACACACAGACUUGUUGCAAAAAAAAAAAAAACGUUCAGAAAGCAAGCACACUAUGGAGAAACAUCCUGGGAGUCCUGCCUGGACAGCUUUGUGUACAGACGCGGGGGAUUCUCUUGCUGCUUGCACAGGGGACCAGGCCUCAUGGCCCUGAAGAUUGGAGAACAGAUCAAGAAAACUAAACCACUCAGUCUUAUCAGAUGAGGAAAAGCAGAAAAAGACCUGACUGUAGGGUCACCUGUGAACAAAGUGUUUUCAGUAUAACCAGCUGGGUCAUUUUUAAUCAGAAGGUGGACAUGUUCCUGGAGAAAACUGGUACUGAGGUGCUAACAACCAGGGUCUUCUGAGUUGAUACAUCCCCAGGAAUGUAAUGAUGGGUUUUAUUUUAAGGAUUUUUAGUUUCUUUUUUUAAUCAGCAUUUUGUUGUGAGAUCCUGCAAAUAUAUUCUAACCUCGUCCUCUUGAGAACUGGUAUCAGAGCACUUCUUACCACCGUCCUUGUUUCACUCUGGGAGUGUCAACCUCCAGCUGAGCAGGGAAACCUCUCUCAGAUGCAGUGUGCCAUUUCCCAGUUUAUCUCCUCCUCUUACCUCCUGUCUGUUUCAGUCAGUCAAAUAAAUCAAUCAACUCAGUGUUGGCCAAGCAAGGACUUGCAAAGCACGGAAAGCACAUUCCGCAGAGCCCGAGCACUUCUGGGGAGGACGCUGGAGACGCCUGGAGUGGACUGGGAGAAGCAGCCUCUCACCUACAGCAGCAUCAAGAACCAGCAGAGGGCUGUGUGUUGAGGGGGAAGACUGGGAAUCGCUGGCCUGGCUAAGAGCAUCAGCCCUGCCCUGUCUCCUUAUUCACUGUACGUUCUUGGAAGCAUUAGCAGCUGCCUGCCCUUCAUGGCAGGCCUCGUGCAGGGAAUCCUGACAUGGCCGCGGCACCGCUGUGUCUUGGGUGUGCCCCGAGGCCUCUGUUUCUCCUCCAUGCUGAAACUCUGCAGGUGCAAGUGAGGAUAGUACUGGUAUGUGACAGGCCGAGGCAUUGGCAGAUGAGAAAAAUUUGUUUUCUGAUAGAACUCAUAGUGCCUUCCCUUCAAACACUACUCUUCUAAAACAAUAUUGAAAGAGAACAAAAUGAUAGAGCACGUUCCCCCCCCUUCCUUAGUUGAUGUCCCCCUGCAAGAGCUCUCCCUCUGCCCUUCCCAGUGUGCUGGCUGGCACGGCCAGCCAGAGGUGAACGGCAGGAAUGGACCAUGGACAGGUACUUCUGUUGCUUUGUUUGUUUACAUUUUAUGUUAAAAUAUUGGUUUGAACUUAACUGUGGUAAUUUAUAGCCUCAUGGCAAAGUGAAGGAAAAUGUCUUACUUAUACAGAGAGCAGUAUUGUAUGAGUUAAAUUAUCCCAUAUUUUUAAAUUUUUGUAGCUGGACUACAGACAGAUCUUAAGUUAUGAUGUUAUUUUAUUAUUUAUUAUCAUUUCUGUAGAUCAGAAGGUUGGCUUCACCGCUAGCACAAUUGUAAUCUCUGUGUGUGACGUUACCUUCUCCCUGCUCGCCAGAGGGGUGGGAGCAGAGCUGGGCUCAGUGGCUGUCAGCAGUUGCUGCCUCUCGUGAUUUCCAGGGAUGCUGUUACUCCAGGGCAGAGAACAGAGAGGUGGAUGGCUGCAGUCAGGUUCCUCGUGGGCAGAGCUGCAGUUUGCUCACAUUGCUGAUGGUUGGCAGCCACUGAACUGGUGGGAAUGUGGGAAGGGUGGUCAGGGAGUGAGGGGCUUUUGAAUGGAUCACAAAAUGAAUAAUUGUGACAAGAGUUCCCUGGCCAGAGCCUCAAAAACAACGUCAGGGAAGAGGGCAGUUGCCCUGGGCAGUGGGUCCAUGUAGUGGAUUACCUGAGCAGGACCAAACAGGUUCCUGGAGAGGGAGUGACCUGCUCACCCUGCUCUGGGCAGAGGCAGAACCAUGUGAGGAGUGAAGCUCUUUCCUGGCUCGUUUCCUCUCUCUUCCCACCCUCUGUUUCUCCUCCCCAAUGUUGUCUCUUGGCCAGUGGCAGGAGGAGCUGGCAGGGCCAGAGAUGGCUUUGCUGUUGUGGUGUGAGAGGGGGUUUGGUGGUGCAGAUGGUUACUCAGGAGCCUGGAAGCCAAGGUGCGGGAAUUUAGCAGUGGAGAACUGUGUGCACAUAACACCUUGUGGUGUAAAGAGAGGUGGAGAACUGCCAUCAGGUGUCCCCAUCAGAGGAUGCCAAGCCCUGUGCCCCUGGAUAGACUCUGCUCAGACCUGGCAGGCUCUGGGAGACCCAUGGGCAGCACUGGUAUCCUUGGGCAGUCCCACAAACAGCCCCAAAGCAGAGCUGCCUCCAGCUCAGGCCUGUCACUGUCCCCAGGGCCUCUGGCCUGUGGUGAUCCAGUCCCUGACAGAUUCCAGAGGGAUUUGGGUACCUGUGUUCUCUUCGUAGGCUCCACCAUGGGUUGAAGCCCCACUGGGCUUGCAGAGCUUUGGUGUUUGGGAUUUUGAGACCCUUCUGGGCCAGCUGUCCUGGAUGCUGCUGAUCCCUCCCCAUCCUUGCCUGGGGACAUGCUGGCCUGUUCUGCAGCCUGGGCAAGCAGAGCUGCCCCCUCCAGCCAGCCACAUUUAGGUCUAUUCUCACACCCCCGGGUCAUUGCUCCAGUCCAGUGUUCCAGUCCAGUGUCGCUGCUCCUGACCCUGCACCCCUCUGGGAAUGCCACUAGGGCAGCCCCUUGCCCUGCCCAUAGAGGUGUCACCCCAACCUCCCCUGCACACAUGUCCCAUGGCCUCGCUGUGUGUGGGCAGAGCUGGCUCAGCACCCCCACAUUCCCGGGAUGGUUGCUGUCAGUUCUGGGGGGGUUAUGUAGGAUUUUCCUUAGUGACACCUCCCUGGGAUUGCACAGACACAGCCCCCACAUCGCUGUAUGGGCACCUCUGCAAGUUCCUUGCACUUCCUCUCCUGGCAGGGUCUGGGCUUGAGAGGUGUAGGUGAGCCUGCUUACUCCUUGUAGUAAUACUGCAUUCCAGGGCCGGAGUAAACUGUGGGUUUCCUUUCCAGCAUCCCGAGCACCCUGAUCCAGUUCUUGUGGCUGCUGACAGCUCCUGAACACUAGCCUAGAUUUUCUCCCAGAGCUGAAUGUUGCCCUCCCCACUGUCGUGUUAAGUACCCAUUUCAUCUUGGCCCUGUCCAGUAGUGUUCAUCCCCUCCUCCCUGCUCUGUGGAUUCCUGAGACAAACUUGAUUUUUUUUUGUAUUGACCAGUGUACAGUGAUGGAAACAAGAAUGACUAUCAAAGCAAACAAUGCAUGGAAUAAAAAGCCAGUGUACUUCAA